AAAACGCCUCUGACUGCUGUUGCAAUGGCGUUUGCUGCGACAGCAUUUUCCGGCAGCAGGGAAACCGAGGAGAAAGCAGCGACUAACGUCGGGAGCGGAUACGUUAUUGCCUCAAACCCGGUCGGAUUAAUGUAAUAUUCGGUGAACUCGCUUGUAUAUUGGUUGUUUAUGCUAUCGCUUUGUUGAUGACAUUGUGUUCAGCGGUUUUCAAGCGUGAAUCUCCACCUUAAUGCGGUGGGAUGGCCACAGUGCCGCCUGGGCCUAGUAGCGCACUGUCUGCAUCCCCGGCUGAAGUUCCUCCUUUCCCCGGGGCUGGGAGCGCGGACCCGGCGAGAGGAGACGGAGAGCCGGCCUGUCACAGGGAGGACACUGUCCCCUCAGAUACAGGGAAGAAGUCUCAGCUGGUUAGCGAGGUCAAAACGUCGGUUCAGAAGAACCAGAAGAACAUGUUAGCUCGAGCUAGCCCGGCGGCGCUGCACCUUAAAAUGCAAGCCCGAGAGCAGCAGCAGCUAAACGGCUUGGCGAGCCCCACAGAGGACCCUGACAGCCAUGAACACACAGGGAGCCGGCCUGACAAUCCGAGACCGUCCGUGGACAACUGUGACAGCUGUAGCAGCGGCAGCACCGAUGAGGCUCCAGUCGUCAGGAACAAUAGUGAGCAUUGCCAACAUGAAGGCCACAUCCUCUUCUCCAAAAACGGCAGUCACUCUCCCCUGGUUAACAAUAGCAUGAACGGGAUGCCGGGUUUCACGAGAACUGACGCGGCCCACUGCCACCCCGAGGACGAAGGGAAAGAAGAGUUUAUUCACACGGAUCCCCCCAUACCACCUAGCGUGGAGCCGACGGAAGCUGCCGGGCCCGGCGGAGAGGAGAGCCCCGCCGACCUGGAGCACCAGCCGCCGGUCGAUGAGCUGGCCCGGCUCGACCUGAGCGGGUCCCCGAGCCGAGCAGAGGAAGACAACCACGGGAUUCGUUAUGUCCGCUACGAGUCCGAGCUGCAGAUGCCAUGGAUCAUGAGACUGAUCACCAAGGACUUGUCUGAGCCUUAUUCAAUUUACACGUACAGGUACUUCAUCCACAACUGGCCGCAGCUCUGCUUUCUGGCCAUGGUGGAGCAGGAGUGUGUCGGAGCCAUUGUAUGUAAGCUCGACAUGCACAAGAAGAUGUUCCGACGUGGCUACAUUGCCAUGCUGGCCGUGGACUCGAAACACAGAAGGAAAAGCAUCGGUACUAAUCUGGUGAAGAAGGCCAUCUAUGCCAUGGUGGAGGGUGACUGUGAUGAGGUUGUAUUGGAGACUGAAAUCACCAACAAAUCAGCCCUGAAGCUGUAUGAGAACUUGGGUUUUGUCAGAGACAAGCGGCUGUUCAGAUAUUACCUGAAUGGAGUGGACGCGCUGCGGCUCAAACUGUGGCUCCGCUAGAGAAACGAAGAGGGGACGGGGAAGGAAACAGGACAGCCGGUGCUGUUCACCUCGUACACUAUCAGCUUGACGGCCUCAGCUCUGCCCUGGUCAUUUCACUCUUAUAAACACACACACACACACACACACACACACACACACACACACACACACACACACACACACACACACAGUACACACACAGUACACACACACGCACACACACCUGUGAUCAAGUACAUGGAGUAUGCACAUAGACAUGCAAACACGCCCUCUUUUUGUCCUUGACCUCUGAACAAGUGUUGCUUUGGCAGAAACAGACUAACAUCCCACCUGAUGUUUUUAUGAAGAGGCCCCUCAUGCUACCCCUGGUGAGGAGGAGGAAGAGGAGGAGGGGGACUAGUGGGUGUGAUCUUGGGGUGCUGAACUGACCGGGGACAAGAGGCAGCUCAAGUGAGGACAUGGCACCAAGGCAGCAAAUCCUCUUGCAGAACACAGAACACAAACAGACUUUAAGACAACAAACACAACGUGAAACAAAGAAGCAGGGUGGCAAAAACAGACUGGGAAGAAAAAUAUUUGUGGAGUUUAUUUUUGUGUUUCUUUUUUAACCUUGGACGGUUGGUGGAAAAGCUAUAGUAUGACUGUGUGUUUGUACCGCCUCAUGUUUUUUUUUGUUUUUGUUUUGCUUUUUUUUCUUAAAAAAAAAAGAAAAAAACGGGUGUGUGGCCUGUUUUUGUGUGCAUGAGAGCGUAUGUGUGAGUGGGUACGGUGUGAAUACUGUUGUUUGUUUUUUUCCAUCCUGUCUCGUUUUCCAUCACUUGCCUCAGCCUCCAGGACUGAAGCCUGUAAAGAUAUGCAUGCAUUUAUUUUAAUGUGAGUGCGGGGACAAAGUGUGAAGACUGUUUGUGUGUGGGUGUGAGAAUGUGUGCUGAUAAACCCAGUCUAAAGCUAACCCCCUUCCUGUUUUUGGUGUAAGCAUGUCUGUGCAGAGCAGUUGAUUGAAAUCACUCCAUUAGCGCCUCAAACUUUUCCCACUUUCAGUGUCCUUCACUAAACUUCCCCUCAUUGAACCCUGACUGUAUGGUUGAGACUUUUUUUUCUUCAGAACUAUAUUUUUUUUCCAAAUGCACUGCCAGCUGCUGCAAAAUCCCCUUGGAGAAAAUGAGAGACUCCUUGCCAACAAUCUUGUGUCACUCCUUUUAGAUUAUUCUUCAGUUUCUCCUCUUUAAAAAGUGCCACUCAAUCCAUCUGCACUAUCAGACACAACUGCAGUGACCCCGCCCCCUUAAAGGUGCCAUGCGGCAGCCUCGGCCUCAGUUCCGGUUUGGUCGAGUUCUUUCAUAUGCUGGAUUCCCGUUUUGCGUAUGCUGUGUGAGUGUGUGUUUAUCUCUUGUUUAAAAAAAAGGAAAAUAGAUAAGUAUUCUUAGCAGAUUAUAUUUUAUUCUUGUGUUUGCUUUUGGUUUAUUUAGAUUGUCUACACCUGUAUAACCUCAUGCUGCAGGAAAGCAGCUGAGUCCACGAUGCACUUCCCUGGUGUCCUAGCUCGAUGCACAACCAACCUCGCUAACAUUUUAAAGAUCUCCAGCCUGGAACGUGUUCUAGAUGCUCCCCAGACGUUCCGAACCCACACUAAUUAUGGCAAAGAGGGUUUGCUUCAGCCUUUUUUUUUUCUUUUAGUUUUUAAAGUAAAAUGAACAAAGGUCAGAUGCACUUCUGUGGAAAUUGCUGCAGUGUGUUUGUGCUCAUAUGAGUAUGUCUGUGUGUAUGUCCUUGUUUUGACAAAUGUGUGGAUCUCUUCUGUUAGAUUUUCAUUUCUCUACUUUCAGAGGCCCCGCACAGGAAAAAUCACAGCCUCUGAGGUGCUGUGUUUUGCUUCAGCCUUAUAAGGACAACAGGAUGGAACAAAUCACACUUUUUUUUUUUUUUUUUUUUUUAGCUUUCCAGGAUGUGAGUUAGUGCUCAAUGCAAUAAAGAGGGUGGGAGACAGUCUGGUUGAAAGUCAAGGGGAGAAUAAAUCACAUUUUUCUUUACAGUUAAAUUGGAAAAACAACAUAUAUCUUGGGUUGUAAAUGCAACUUUAAGCAUCAUUUUCCUUCUAGAGUCUCAAAUUAUGCAAUUGGGCAUCUGUGUGCUUUCCUCCUGCCUAUAAUAUUCUGAGUAGAAGGCACAGUAAGACACUGCCAGAUGGAACAGAAACGGCUACAAAUUUGUUUCACUCUAAAACACACAAAAGUCUGCAGCAAAAAUCAUGCUGGUCAGAUGUUUUGGAUCGAUGAAUUCGUGUUGUGGGUUUAUUUCCCCUCUGAGCUGAGAUAUUUGAUCCCAGGAGCAGAGGACUGAAAGAAAGGGAAAGUAGAUGUUUACAGAGUUGCCACCCACAUAACAGCCUGUGUAUGUAAGUUUGUGUCUGUGCAUUUGGAGCAAUGGAUCAUAUGACCUAUUUUUCCUUUUUUUUCAGAUUUGUACAAGAGUGUUCUAUUCAUUGGAUAUUUUGAGAGCAUGUUUUUUUUUUUUUGUGAAUCAUCUGUUGGGAUGGGGGCGGUUUGGGUUGAUUUAUCAGAUAUGAGUUUUAUUUUAAGUUUCUGUGCUACUUUAGCCCAUACAGAGGAGAAACCAGAAUUAUGAGCAGUUAAAAAUGCUCAAGACCUUGAAACACAAACUAUUCUGUUCACUGCUCAACUGACACUGUUUAUAUUUUAAUCAUAACUCUGUGUUAACUCCUCCUGGGUAAUUUUUGAGGUUUGAAUAUUCUGUCCCUGUGUUGGACACUUGCUCCCCCUCCUCUGUUCCCCCCUUACUGUCCCAGGCUGUCUGGCUUUAAAAUGCCAACUACUGAUGGAUGGAAGAAGAGGAUGAAUAACACCUUAAAAAUUAAUUUAACUUGCCCCUACAAACCAGUCAUCAGCAUGAGGAGGAGUUUUGAAGGGAAAGGCUGUUAUCUGUGUUUUACUUCUGUGAAGCUCUGGCAGUUCCAUCAUUUUUAUGGGCAUUACAGCCUGUCACAACGAGCCAAAGAGCUCUGUUCAGAUCACAAACUGAAGGGCUUCAUCAUCUGUAUCAGUUUGUUGCCAUGGCUUGUGGUGUUGCACAGUUAUUCCUCUUUGACAAUGAAAUAAGUUUUGACUUGACAUGCCAGUUCAGUGUUCACAGAUGUCAGGAGCAGUUUUUGUUCUCAUCCCAGACGUCAGUAUGUGAUUGAAAAAGCUUAUUCUAACAAUCACAACCCCACCUCUGUCCUCACCCGGGGCGACAUCUGCCAGCCUGAGUGUUACAAUCAUAAAUUCCCCCAGAAACCAGUUUGUCGGGCCUUAUCGACAUUUUUUCUUGGCUUUGCAACAACAGCCAACCAUCCCCAGGGGGCUUCCUGCAGUCUUUACAGGGCAGGCUGCUACGCUUCCACCGCCAUCCACAAAGUGUGCAAAAGGGGAGGGCAAAAGGUGUUUUUGCAUGUCAGAGUUCUGUUCCCCCUGUUCCUCUUCCCUGUCCCCUCUCUUGAUUUUGAUCUGGAAAUGUCCGAUAGCUUUUAUUUAAUGUGGGAAAAGAACACAGAAAUAAAUUAUUUGAUUUUUUUAA